UUCAUGCCUUAAUGUCUGACGUUUCAGAGCGAGAAGUUUGAAGUAAAGCGGCGGUGCUGCUAUUAAAUGUUCCAAUGUUCAAAAAUAUCCUCUUUAAUAGUUGACGGCGUCGUGUUUUUCAUCGACGUUCCCCGUGAAAGAAGUAUUGUGACCGUUUCCAGGCUGGUUUUGUUGACUUUGUUUUUUUUUUGAAGCCAUAAAGCCUGUAUCGGCAAAGAGGAAAUUGUAGAAGGUUUCUCUCCUUGCUGGGACUUUCACAACUCGCCUGUCUUGAAAUGGUGGGGGUGUUAAACUUGCCAAAUGUUUGCCAAGAGGAGCUUCUAGGCAUGAGCUGCAAGGCGGACAGAGGUCUCGACAGUCCGGACUCCGGGUUACCGCCCAGUCCGAGCCCCAGCGCCUGGCUGCUGCCGGCGGACAAAGCCCGCGGGGUGAGUCCGCUACCCGAAGAUGAUGGACGCGCCUCCGUGGUUUCCUCCAGCGGUUCCUCGCUGCGGCCGUUGUCGUACACAGAGGGUAUAUCAGUCGAUCCCAUACCUGAAGAAGUAAGGUACACCUCGUCCGUGCGCUACGACUCUGAGCGCCACUUCAUCCAGACCGUGGCCCUGGAGCCCCGGGGCCGGGCGCUGGAGCGCUGCGCGCAGACGGUCACCGCCGUGUCGCACGGCACGUGGCGGCGCUACAAGACGCAGCUGGACUUCACGCCCCGCCAGCGGCCGCAGAGCUUCCGGAGCACCGCCAUCGUCUACCCCAAGCAGGCCAGCGCCACCUACGCCACGGAGCUGAGCUACGACCGCCGCCGGCGAGCCCGACGCUUCCUCUCCAGCGUGGAGUUGGAGUGCGGCAGCAAGUUACCCGGGUGAGGGAGCUUCUUCUCCUCCUUCUUCAUGGCCUCUGCACUGUAAAGGCUGGCUGUCGGAAAACCUGCUGUUUUUAUUUUUGCAUCAACUUUCUCCCGAAAUUGACCUUUUUUUUUUUUUUUAAAUUAACUCAUUGAGGAGUAGAAGACUGGUUCACCAGGGUGCAGGACUUUUAUUCACAUAUGUGGUGGCUAUUCUACACGUUUUUUGUGUGUACUUCUGCACUAAAUGAGCACAAAAUGAUCUCUUCCUACAUCCUCCUAGCUAGUAAACUGCAUGUCAUUGGAUAAAAGGGACUCUUCAGUAUGCUUUUGUGGACGCAUGUGUGUAUGUAUGUAGGUGAGACAGUGUGGACUUUACUGAAGUGACACCCGUUCUUCACACGAGGGGGGGGGAAAAGCUGCAUUCCGCUUCUCGUCCUUUUUUUAGUGACAGUAUUUAUUUUAAUUCUUCAAGGAUGUCAGAUUUUUUACCUUGUCAAUAGAUAUAUUUGCAAUAUUUUUUUGUGUGACGGUGACUUUUUGAUGAGCAGUUUCAAAUAAAAUCAAAUGUCAUUCCCUG